AUCCAAUGUUUACAUCUGUCUGUGUGUCUUUCCGGUUUCGUCUUGUCAAAGUAUUUUUAUGUUUUUAAACAUUAAUGCAUUUUUUAUUUUAAAAGUGAACUACAUAAUACCAGACCAUGUGGUAUAUCAUGGACAGUGUACAAAGAAACUACCAGCUAUCUGAGCGCCUUGUGCGUGCAAUCAGUGACUGGGCUACACUAGCUCCAUCUAGUGACAGUGUUGAACAGUUAAUCCAUGAAGGUGCAGAUGUGAACAAGCCCCAUGGUACUCUCUUACCUCUACAUUGUGCCUGUAUGGUUAGUGACAGCUAUGUUGUGGAGUUAUUGCUGCAGCAUGGGGCACAGGUGAAUAGUAUUGAUGGGUAUGGUCGGGCAGCUCUUCACUAUGCAGUUGAGAGGGAUAUAACAUGCACAGAGAUUUUAUUGGACCACAAUGCACACCCUGACAUUCCUGACAACAAUCAAGACACACCUCUCCACUGGGCAGCAUUCAAAAACCAAGUACAGUGUCUGGAGGCCUUGCUGCAGCGUGGGGCUCGUGUUAAUGCUGUAGACUAUAACAAUGACACCCCUCUCAGCUGGGCUGCCAUGAAGGGGAACUAUGAGGCUCUUGCUAUAUUACUGGAAUACAAUGCUGAUGUGGAUACAGUCAACUUCAGUGGCCGGACUCCCAUAUUACGUUGUGCUGCCAUGCAGGCUAGUGGGCUAGACACACAUGUGUAUGACCAGUGUCUUGACCUACUGCUCAAAGCAUCAGGAAAGAUUGACCUCAGAGAUCCACAGGGAAACCUACCCAGGAUAGUGGAAGGGGAUAACAAACUGAGGGAAUUGAUGUUAGAAUACUGUGAAAAACCAAGACCUUUACAAGAGCUAUGUAGAUAUGCUGUUAGAAAGUCUUUAGGCACUGGGUACAUACCCAAUGUGAUUCCAAAGUUGCCUCUACCUUCUCGUCUACAGGACUAUCUGCUCCUUGGCAGACAAUAUUUAAGGAACCAGUCAGACACAGAUAUAAGUAAUAUUAAUGUUGUUUGACGUGCAGAGGGAUGUAAAUAAAUUGGGAUGUGAAAUCUGAUAGGUUUAGAUGAUUUAUUUUAAUCAUUUGUAAGUACAUUUACAUGUAGAUGCCUACAUGUACAUACAGUAUGCUUGAAGCACUGGUGUAUUCAAGUGUUGGCAUAUCUCAACAUCUCAAUCAGGAGUGAAAGAUUCUCAUCAGAUGAUUAUUAAUACAGAGAAAUGGGGAAAAUGGACUCUGAGACUCCGAUGCCAGUUAACAGUUCGUUAACUUAUGACCCAUGUAAAACACUAAUAUCAGAAUCUUAAAGGUGUUUAGCCUUUGAUUUAUUGCCAUUUGAAUUAUUGUAAGCAAUUAUUUGAAUUUUAUGCCGUAUAAAGUUAUACCCCAGUAGAAGUACCCAUUUUACCCGGGAUUGUAAAUUAUAUUUUACUCUGCUGCAUGGUGACUUAAGUGCAAUGGGUCUGCAGAAUUGUAUGUUUUAUAUGUAAAUGGAAUUUGGUAAUCACUCUUUACUCCUGUCCUUAUCAUCUAAUUCAAACUGUGUAUUUAAUCUCUGUUAUUACAAAGAGUAUUUGAUGAUUUAUUUUUGAAAUAUGAACUUCUGCUGUGGCAUGAAAUGACUUUUUAGUAAUUUCUCUUUGUAUCCUUUUAAGGGCUAUUCAAACACCAGUUGUUUCAUUUUUUCUUGAUUAUUUGGCUAGUACUAAAGGAGUGAAUGAGUGCCAUGCUUGGGUAGGUUUUUACCCAAGGGUGGCAAGAUUUUGUGUGGUCAAGUCUAUUAUUAUUAUGUGUUUUUCAUUUGGAUACAAAAGUAUUAACUAUUCAGAAUUUGAAUGUCAUGGAAUAUUCAUCAGUAACAAGAAUAAACUAAAAACAAUCUUCCCUGCAUGUAAUCUUACCGAUGGUGUUUUUCUUUACAAUUCUUAACCCAUACUGGGAAGAAAAAAUGUAUUGAAUGUUGAAAUGUUAAAAGCUGGCUAAGUACAAAAGGAACAGGUUAUUUUUCUAUUUCAUGCAUGAUGAAAGAGUCCAAUGCCAGUAAAUGUUGGCAUUGUAUGCUAAUCUUGGUGUCUGUGGUAACUUUUGCACCAGGCAUUCAUGGUAAACAUUUGCAAAACGUUUCAAUUUGCACUGAAAUGAUUGGGCUUAACUACUAGGAGAGUUUUUUUUUCACUUGGACAGUCCAUAUAUUCUAUCUGAAAUACAUUUAGGCAUUCAUUUUAAUUUGAAGAUAGUAAAAAGUGAUUUUUGUUUUUUGUAUAUAUUUUAGUGGACUUGUCUGACAGAAUUG